AUGAGAGGCGAUGGUGAAGAAGAAAUAGCUUUUUCUGUCUCUGAUUUAUCUUCUUCUUUGUCUUCUUCUUCUUUGUCUUCUUCUUCUUCCUCGACGACGACGACGACGCAAAGAAACGUUUCGGUGAUUAAAGGCGAAGAAAGUUUCAAAAAAAAACUCGACGAAACGAAAGGAAAACAACUCGUCGUCGUGAACUUUGGCGCGAGUUGGUGCAAACACUGUCACAAACUCUCGCCUUCCGUGUUUGAUGAGGCGGAGAAGUAUCCGAAUUCGGAAUUUAUAUUCACAGAUGUGGAUUUAUUACCGGAAACGGCCAAGUUUAUGCGAUGGACGCCGACGGUAGGGAUUUACAAGUUUGGAAGGAAAGUGGAUGAAAUCGAACAGUGUAAAAUCAGGCAGCUGAAAGACCGGGUGUGGUUAUGGAGCGAUUUGAAAGAGACUCGAUUCGAAAGUCGAGGGUAG